AUGCGAGCAGAGCGGACCGCAUCGCGGUCUGCCUGGACCAGGCAGACAUCAGCUAGGAAUAGAUACGACUUGAGAGUUCAAUCAGAGCCCUCUUCACACAAAGUGUCAUCAGCGGCACGCACACACGUCAUUGCAGAGGUCGUCAACAGUCCAAUAUAUAAGAGCACAAAGGUUGCAGACAGAGCAAGCAUGAUCAUGACGUCUGGAAGUAUGAGACCGCUAGUGGCGCGCCCGACAAUUCCACGACUUUAA